GUGAAGGUUGGUGAUUAUGAAGAAUAAAAAAAAAAUUGUUAAAAAAUAUUGUGUUUUUUUGUUGAGGCUUUAAAAUUUUUGUACAGAAGUUAAAAAAUUGUAAAAGAUUUAAAUAAACUGAUUACUUAUUUUGAAAGUUUACUCAUUUGGGAUACAAUCAAAGCCUAGCUAUAAAAUGAGAAAAUGGUAUGUUUUUAUAUCAAUAAUGGUUUUCAGUGGUGACAGUGAAACAAACGUUACUUCAUCAAAAAUUGAUUUUGAUCUAACUCAAAAACACCCAACCUCUGAGGCAAACGUCCAUAACGAAACACUCACUAACAACAAUAACAGCACUAUUGAUAUUUCAAGUAUGUCUUUAGUGGAAUUAUGUCGGCUGUUUGACGUGCCGGCAGAAAAUUGUUCGUGCGAAAAUCCUGACACUAAAAAACUUUGCGUUAUGGUAAACAACAAAAUAACUGAAUCGUUCUCUUGCGACGCCGUGACAAACAAGAUAAUUGGGAUAUCGAAUCUUAUAUCGUCAACGCUUGCUUUAGUUGGUAAUGGUUUUGUGAUUGGUUUUGGUUUUACUUAUAGAAAAAAUCUUUCAAGAUUCCGUUAUUUAAUCAUAGGAUUAUCCAUUUCUGACUUCUUUUUUGCACUUUUUCAAGUUAUAGUAAGUAUUCCUGAAACAUGGACAUGUCAUUGGAUAUACGGUUUAUUUUUUUGUAAAGUUUUACGUGCUUCAUUAGCUGCAAGUGCUAACAUAGCGGUGGGGUUCAUAGUCAUUAUUGCUGUUAAUAGGUACAUCGGAGUUGUUUACAUGUUUAGUACAGCUUUUGACCAAAUAAAGAUGUUAACAGCCGUGAUAAUAAACCUAUUAGCUGGGAUACUUUCAAUAAUUCCACCAUUAUUUAUUCUUCAGAUUGGAAAAUUUACAACAUGUUCAGAAGUAUGGUCAAAAAAAAAUUCAACAAUUUACACAUGGGUUUUGUUUUUAAUAUAUUAUUUUAUACCAGUAGUUACGUUAGUUUUUCUUUAUCUUAUUAUGAUUGCGUCAAUAAAAAAAGCCUACUUGAAAAGCAACGUUAUAAACGACGAGCAACGAAUGUCGCGUGUAAAAAAAAGCAAGAAAAAUCUUUUCAUGCUGUUUUUAAUUUUGGUAGCUUUUGCUGUUUUAGUUCUUCCUAAUCGAAUUGUUUGGAUCGUUAAUGAUCUUUAUGGUUUAGAUAAAAUAAAUAAAAAAUUAGAACGAUUUCUGAAGAUGUUGUCAGAGAUUACGUAUGGAUUUCACGCAGCGGUAAAUCCCAUUAUAUAUUCAUUAGUCGAUAAAAAGUUUAAAUUGCAACUGAAAAAUUUUUUUUCAGUGGUAAAAGAUUUAUUUUGGGUAAACCCUUCAUUGUCUUCAUCAAAGUCUAGAAGCGCUUCUGAAGUUACCAUUCAAUUGAAUAUUACAAAUGCUUCAAAAUAAUAUUAUGUUUUAUUAGUUUAAAAAACAAGAGAAGCUGGAGAUGGAGUUUUGUAACAAGUAUUUUUACGUCACAUCAACUUUAUUUAUUUAAUGAAUAUGAAGAAACUAUAAGUACUUACCAUUCUUCUUUUAUUUGACUUUUUUUUUUUCUAGUUUUAUUUAAUCGUUAUUAAAAACUUAUGUUUUAUCUUUUAUCAAAAUGAAAAAUAUUAUUAAUCUUUUUAAUUAUUUUAACAUUCACUCAAA